AUGGUCGUGACUGCUGCUGCUCUAGUGAAUGGUGAUGUCCGUGAUGGUAUGCUCAGCCAAGCACCUACAGUAGAGGACAAGACGGCCUCUCCUCCUCCUCCGGCUCCUCAAGAGGAGUUGCCUCCUGUUGAUGAUGGGUCUGACGGAGAGCUGCCAUUCCCGUACAAUCAGAUGGGAAAUAGUGGCGUUAGUGAUGAUGAGGAUCCUCUGGGGUAUGGGGACGAUUCCCCAACCAGUGGCCCUGAGGGGACUAGUCAAGAGAAGGAAGGUUCGACUAAGGCGGAGGACAACACUCCGUGGUGGCAACGGUUCCAUCCGGCUAAGCCUCCACCGCCGAAACAGGAUGGCUUCAAUGAUGAUGACAUGGCAGCUCAAUUUGGAUACGCUGGACAGCAGGCCUGGGGUCAGCAGCUCCCAACAGGGCAGCCUGGCAAUCCAACGUUCCAACCUCGGCAAAUGAAUGCUCCCUUGCCACCGCAGUUCCCUCCACCUCCACCAGUGGCUGGUGCAGGAGGGUAUGGCCAGCAGCCUCCACCACCUCCUCCGAGAGCACCACCACCCAGCACACUGAUACUUAGUAACAUUCCUGCCGAUGUAUCUUUACCGGCUUUAUUCCAGCAUUGUCAGAAAUACGGGGAAGUGAGUGGAGUUCACUGCAAGCUGGAGGAGGGCAAUGCUACGGUGGAAUUCACCAAUCGGCAGUCGGCAAUAGCGAUGAUGGCAGAGCCCGUUUUGGGUCAUCCUGAGAUACAGGUAAAGUGGCAAGUGACGAACCUACCGGCUGGAUCACCGUCAGCGAUGCCUCAAAUGGGAGGAGCCGCAAUUGCUUCAUCUCCGGGAGGUGGAAGGCCAGGUGGACGAGGAGGAGGAGGGUAUCGUGAGGGUGGAGGAAAGGGUUUCCGACAACAACAGCAGCAACCUCGACACGCAGGUAAUUUAGUAUUGGAAAACGCUGAGCAUCAGCACCAACGAGCGGCGAGGGAGGCGAAGCAAGCACAGGAGAUGCAACGUGUGGCGGUGUUAUCGAGGAUGUCGGAGACUGUCAAGCAGCUACUCUCGAAGUUAACGGAUGAAAAGACAUCAGAGACUCAGAAGGAAAUGUAUAAGAAGAUGCUAGAGAAGGUGAAGGAACAGAUGCAUGCACUAUCGGAAGAUAUGCAGAAGGAGAAAGCGGAGAAGGCUAAGGCUCGAGAUGCAGCGAUUCGGGCACGGUAUGCGGGUAUGCAAGCACUUCAGAAGAAUCAGUCCAAGGAGUCCCAAGAUCGAAUGACGUUGGAUAAUCGGCCGAGAGCAGUGCUGUUGGAGGAGAUGGACUCGGACUUCGAUUCGGUUCCAGUGGUCAUGGAAUAUUUCAGGGUCCUGGAUGUAAAGGGUGUUCGGGACUUCAUAUGGAGGGAGGAUAGCUGUAUUGUGCGCUUCGAGAGCCGAUGGGCUGCUGAAGAGUUCGUUAAGCAAUCGACUAAAUUCCCUUUUAAAUGUUCCUAUCUAGCUAACGAGACAGCGGAUGCAGCGGCUAAGGUGACGGAGCCAAUGCAGCCUCUUCCUCCUGGUGCUGGUGCAGUGAUUGGCGCCGAGGUCCCAGAGGAUGAUGAACAGCCUGUUGGACAAGUUGCUGAUGGGGAAGGGAAGCAACAGGUGGUGGCUGAGGAGGAGGAGGAAGUGGAGGUGAUGGAGGUUGGAGAAGAAGAGGAUAGACCAGAGCAUCCUGGAGUGUAUGCGGAGUUACGGCAGGUCCGGGAGCGGCUCCAUGAGGAGAGCGUGAACGAGUGGCACGUUCGAAUGCUGAAUGAUGGUGCUAGAAAUGUGGCCUACAAGAAGGCGAUAGCAGAGGCGAUGCGGGAUAGGGAAGGCCAAAUCGAUAGAGUGAUCGAUGUGGGUUGUGGUACUGGAAUUCUCAGCUACUACCUAGCGGAGUGUGCUCCAAAGGGAACUGAGAUCACUGCAUGCGACUGCAGUUGGGCGCUUUGUGAGGUGGCGGGGCGAGCCUGCGGUCCUCGAGUGAAGGUUAUACAGGCAGACUCGGCUGACUUGGUGUUGGAGGCACCAGCGGAUAUGGUCGUGGCUGAGCUGAUGGACUGUGCAUUGUUGGGGGAAGGGCUGCUGGAUGUCGUGAGGGAUCUGAGGAGGCGGGGACAGGUGAAGAAGGAAGCGCUGGUGAUACCGGAGCGUGGUACAGUGUAUGGCUGUGUUGUUGAGUCUGCGGUUAUACGAGAAAUGAACCUCUAUGUGGGGGAGAAUGUUCGUCUGGAGGAUGGGUAUGGGAGCAUACAUGGUCGGCGUGGAUUCCAGUACAGGGAGUUGACGAAUACCUUCAGAGUGUGCUCAGCUGAUUUCGGCAGUGGGCAGGUCGAGGGGCUUGGAGUUAGAGAGGUGGAGGUUAGGGAAGGAGGGGAGUGUGCAUGCGUGCUGGUGUGGUGGGAAGCGACCUUGUAUGGCGAUAUCAGAAUUAAUAGUGUCAAGGACUGCGACUGGGACUAUGCGGUGUUCCCAUGCCCUCGUAGGAGGGUGGAGGAGGGGGAGACUAUCAGAGUAAGGGUGGCGUAUGAGGAGUCUAAGUUGACUGUGGAGUUUGAUGGCUCGUAUGCUAUGGAUGCUACUGAGGCGUCUGAGUUUGAUAUUAUGACUGCUAGUAGUAUUCGGAAAAGGGGAUACUGUGGGUAUCGAUCCGGAGACCUCUCGAAAGGAGGCCUGGUGCUUGAUCUCACUGGAGUAGGUCACUCGAUUGCCCCUUAUCUGCUUGCUGAGGGAUUCUCCGGAUCCUUACUAUCAUGGAUGCCGAGAGAAGGCGAUGGUCUGUGGUCGCUAUUGAGAGACCAGCUCGUACACUUCCGCAUAUCGCCGGAGGACUUCUCCAAGCACGUGUGUGUAGUUGAGGCCAACUCCCAACGCGAGUUCGUUGAGGAGAUUCAAUUCCGUGGACUCCUGUCGGGCCGCCCUCUAGAGAGGGUCAUCUUCCAACCGGACGGCGACAGUGGUGGAGGAAAGGAGUGUGCCGGAGACCAUCAGGGAAGAGGUCAAUCGAGGCGAGCUACUCCGAGUAGANNNNGAAUCAUAUCAUUCAAGACGGCGGGUGGAACUGUUGGCAAGCAGUACACCCAGUCGACCGAGCUGACCCAGCUGAAGAUCAUCUUUGUCAAUACUGGCUUCCUAGAAGCAUACUAUUCCGAUAUGGAGAGCGCUGAGAUUGAUGAUGCCAACACGGGCGAAGACGAGUUUGACGAGGCACGACAAUAUAUCUGCGGCAAGUUGUUCAAGGAGCUAUGGAGCGAUGACGCGGAAAACGGCUUCCCCAUGCCGAGAGGCUGUUACUACCGUUCUUUUGCCACCUCCAGAGAGUUCUUCAUAGUUUUCGAUCGUCGAAAUGGGUUGAGCCCCGAUACGAACUACAAAAUAGUUAUGAACAUGGCCGGGUUCGUUGGCCAAUCGGGUGACAAGGAAUAUAUCCGCAUCAUAUCCAUGGUAGCUUUGGAGAGCGCACCGUACACUGCUCUGGAGAUAGGCCGACCUCUGCUCACUCGCCUGGCUGUACCAACAGGGGGAGUCUUGGACCCGCAUUUCUUGUUACCGGGAGGUCUAACAGUAACUGGUGGCAGCAACCAAGUAAAAGAGUUGACCAUCGGCACAGCUCUCACUGCUGGAGAAGCUCAGCUCACACUAAUGAUCAGAGGCUCAGAGAACGAGCGGUCAGCUAUUGUCGGUGGCAGCAUCCUAAGGAUAUACAUGUGGCCCUUAUUAGAAUGGGAUAUGGAGAGAGAACCGGCUGUGACAUGCACUGCCGUCGACUCAACGAGUGUUUGUGGUGACAUCACUGAAGUGAAGACAGAGUCAGUCGUGCCUAAUGGUCACAAGAACAUCCUCAAGCUCAGCUUGCCUGAUGGAAUGACUCCUCUGUACGGCACAAGAAUGGUGAAGAUAGAGCUGAAUAACUUGGACCUACCUCGGGGAGGCUUCUUCCCUGACAGGCUAGCGGCACAGAUCACUACGUCAGCUGACGAGAGCCCCUCCUAUGUCAUGUCUAGUGGAGAUUAUCUUUGGAAGAAGCCUGAUGCAGGAUUCACUCUAGCAAGG